AAAAAAGGCUAACAUACCUGAUACCUUCACAACAAAAAUCCCAGAAUCCCAAUCAAACCCAACCAAUUUUGUAAGCUCGGACGGACGUCUUGGAUUGGAUUCCAAUGAAGUUGCUUGUCUCUUAAAAAACAAGGAAACGACAACGUUAGCAGCCACGUCGGCAGUGCCAUGGCAGGACUGGCCCUCUUGCAACCACUCCGGCUUCUUCGAUCCAAGAACGGAAGGAGGAGCUGAUCAGUCUUGGUUAGCAAACUCUUCCUCCUCCUCAGAUAAUCAAUCACCAACCGAGUCUGAUGAGGACUGGGAGGAGUCCUAGGAUAUGGUGGUGGUCCGAGGGGCAAGAUCCGAGAGGCUGUUUUUCGAGCCGGAAGACACGAGCUGCAUGGUAGGUAUGGUAGACAAGGUGAAAGCAGACGGCGGAGGAGGAGAGAUGAUGAAUCCGUCGUUGGAGGAAAAGUACGUGGUGGUGUUAGCCGGCAUGGAAUCGGAGGAUCGGUUGAAAGACUUUAGGAGGUCAAUGGAGGAGAUGGUGGAAUGUCAUGCGCUUAAAGAUUGGGAGUGUUUGGUGGAGCUGUUAGGAUGGUAUUUGAAGGUCAACCCAAAGAAGAAUCGGCUUAUAGUGGCAGCAUUUGUGGAUCUCCAUGUUGCUCUUUCGGAAGCUGCAGCUGCUUCUUCUCAUCAUACGUAUUAUUAUUCCACUUCGUUUUCUUUUGCCAUUUCUUCAUUUUCUAGUUCUUCUCCGCUGUCAUCUUGUUUUCAAGGUCAGGAGAAUCACAUUGCAGAACAAGUAGAGAUCACAAUGUCUUAACUAUAUAUAUAAUCCCCAUCAUGAACACUAUGUUUGGACGAAGAAAUUUAAGAUU